CCUCGACCUUUGCCGGCCGCCAGGCCUCCGACGACGCCUUCCUCAAGCAGCACGGUGACACCAGCGUCUAAACGGGGCUCGCGCUGCUUGGCCCGGGCAUUUCUUGGCUGUUGUCCCAGGAUACCACCGCGGCAUAAUAUUACGUCGUUUUACGAAUUGGAUACCAUGAUUCGACGAAACAAGCGCUGGUUGGAUGAGGACAGCGAAGCAAGUGUUUUUGGCGGGGAGGAUAUGUGUCUGAAGAGAUGUGAAUUUGUGAAGCUGUUCUCCCCCCAGUCACUCUUGAUGCCAUGUUUGCGUGUUUGCGCCAUCGCCCCGUCGCACCGAUCGUCAGGGCUGAGUCGAGCCCCUGAGCGGCUGGAUGAGCGGGUGGCAACCCCACCGAGGUACCAAGUAUCCUUGAACGCUGACGACUUCCAGGGGUCUUUGCACCACCUGGAUGGAUGGGCAAUUGGCAGAAAAUCGAGCACGUUCACACUGCCCUUUUCCGACUCUGCGACCAUUUCGAACCGGCGAACAGAGUCCCGGUUGCACGAUGAGUCGUACAUACAAAAAUGCCACAGGGUUGUCAACCCCGAAGGCAGUGGAAUGCACGCGGAUUGGACUCUCCCAUUUCUGCGAACAUGGCACAGAUUGAAACGCGCAUUGAAUGGAACAACUUCCGGUAAAUUUCAAGGGGCCCGGGGAUUCAGGUCUUCAAGAAUGAGUUGCGGGCAUCCCGGUUCGCGGCGCCCCCUGAGCCAAUGCAUGUCAUGUGACCGCCACCGCGAAAUCGAGGCGUCCGCCACCUCCACAAUCUCCAGACACUUGCGUGCAGCUGGCGCAGGCCAAGCAACUUGGCAAGCACCCAGGCCAACGGCUGAUCAGCCACUCAGCCCAGGAAAUCCCAGGAAAUGGCUGCAAAAACACAACUGCCGUCAGCCCUCAGCAUGCCGCCUGGCGGGCCCCCUCGUUUAUCACGCGUCGCGUCUCGGCAACCCGGCCAAAACUUCCGCGCUGCCGCCAACUUCAUCAACCGGGUCUUGUUGCCGUGAGGGGAAUUUGUUUUCCCGAAUGGCAUUCCUGCCCCGCCUCGCAAGCAUCGUCACAUGGAUUACCCCGCGCAGUUUGACGCAAUUCGUCGACGACGGGUAACCAAGAUGGAGUUCUCUCACUGCCGCGAGCG